AUGAGCGCGCGCGGGUUGACGGCGGGGGGCUUUCCCCUUCGCGGGGCGUCGAUCGCCCCGCGCGGUGCAAGCCCGCGCUCGCGCGCUCGCGCGCUUCGCGCUCGCGGCGUCGAUCGCGCGCUCUCGAGCCGCGCGUGGCUCGCGCCUCCUCCGCGCGAGCGCGGGACCGUCUCGAUCGCGCGCGCGCGAGCCGGGGGGCCCGGCGCGUACGCCCCCGACGGCGGCGCGGGGGGAAGCGACAACGCGGGCGGCGGCGGCGGCGGCGGCGGCGGGGGCGGCGUCAUAGGGUGGAUCGCGAGGCAGUUCGUGAACCAGGUGAAGUGCAUCCCGCUGCUUCGGUGGCCGCGGCACGGGUUCUUCCAUCCGAGGACGUGGCUCACGACCGUCGCGGACAGCGUGAUCGUCGUCCUCGCUCUCGUCGCGCUGACCGCGGUGUUGGGGGGGGCGGACGUCGUCGCCGCGAAGAUUUAUAGGAUGUUCGUCCCGCCGGUGUGA